CCUCCCCCAGGUCCGGAGGAGAGGCGCUAGGGCGCUGCAGGCAUAUCGCUGCCUACUCAGCUUCUGAGCAGCUGCCGCCUACCCCGGGAGAAGGUUUAACCUGAAAGGAAAGAAUUCAACCGAGAAACAGUUAAGGGGACGUUUAUUUAGCAAAGCUGCAUACUCCAUAGACUGGAGUGGGCUUCCUCCGAAGUGCUUGAUGGGCGGCAUUAUGGCCCCUAAAGACAUAAUGACAAACACUCAUGCUAAGUCCAUCCUCAACUCAAUGAACUCCCUCAGGAAGAGCAAUACCCUCUGUGAUGUGACCUUGAGAGUGGAGCAGAAAGACUUCCCUGCCCAUCGGAUUGUGCUGGCUGCCUGCAGUGAUUAUUUCUGUGCCAUGUUCACUAGUGAGCUUUCAGAGAAGGGGAAGCCAUAUGUUGACAUUCAAGGUUUAACUGCUUCUACCAUGGAAAUCCUGUUGGACUUCGUGUACACAGAAACAGUACAUGUGACAGUGGAGAAUGUUCAAGAAUUGCUCCCUGCAGCCUGUCUUCUCCAGCUGAAAGGUGUGAAACAAGCCUGCUGUGAGUUCUUAGAAAGUCAGUUGGAUCCAUCUAAUUGCCUGGGUAUCAGGGAUUUUGCUGAAACUCACAAUUGCGUUGACUUGAUGCAAGCAGCUGAGGUUUUUAGCCAGAAGCAUUUUCCUGAAGUGGUGCAGCACGAAGAGUUCAUUCUUCUGAGUCAAGGAGAGGUGGAGAAGCUAAUCAAGUGCGAUGAGAUUCAGGUGGAUUCUGAAGAGCCAGUCUUUGAGGCUGUUAUCAACUGGGUGAAGCAUGCCAAGAAGGAGCGAGAGGAGUCUCUCCCUGACCUCUUACAGUAUGUUCGGAUGCCCCUGCUGACCCCCAGGUACAUUACAGAUGUAAUUGAUGCUGAGCCUUUCAUCCGCUGUAGUUUACAGUGCAGGGAUCUAGUUGAUGAAGCAAAAAAGUUUCACCUAAGGCCUGAACUUCGGAGUCAGAUGCAAGGACCCAGGACAAGAGCCCGUCUAGGAGCCAAUGAAGUGCUUCUGGUGGUUGGGGGCUUCGGAAGCCAGCAGUCUCCUAUUGAUGUGGUAGAGAAAUAUGACCCCAAGACACAAGAGUGGAGCUUUUUGCCAAGUAUCACUCGGAAGAGACGGUAUGUGGCCUCAGUUUCCUUACAUGAUCGGAUCUAUGUCAUUGGUGGCUAUGAUGGCCGUUCCCGCCUCAGUUCAGUGGAAUGUCUUGACUACACAGCAGAUGAAGAUGGAGUGUGGUACUCUGUGGCCCCUAUGAAUGUGCGGCGAGGCCUUGCUGGAGCCACCACACUGGGAGAUAUGAUUUACGUCUCUGGAGGCUUUGAUGGAAGCAGACGUCAUACAAGUAUGGAGCGGUAUGACCCAAACAUUGAUCAGUGGAGUAUGCUGGGAGAUAUGCAGACAGCUCGAGAGGGCGCAGGACUAGUGGUGGCCAGCGGAAUAAUCUACUGUCUAGGAGGCUAUGAUGGCUUGAAUAUAUUAAAUUCAGUUGAGAAAUAUGAUCCUCAUACAGGACACUGGACUAACGUUACACCUAUGGCUACCAAGCGUUCUGGUGCUGGUGUAGCCCUACUGAAUGACCAUAUUUAUGUGGUGGGGGGGUUUGAUGGUACAGCCCACCUUUCUUCUGUUGAAGCUUAUAACAUUCGCACGGAUUCCUGGACAACUGUCACAAGUAUGACCACGCCACGAUGCUAUGUAGGGGCCACAGUGCUUCGAGGGAGACUCUAUGCAAUUGCAGGAUACGAUGGGAAUUCUCUGCUGAGCAGCAUUGAGUGUUAUGACCCUAUCAUCGACAGCUGGGAAGUAGUGGCCUCCAUGGGAACCCAGCGUUGUGAUGCUGGUGUGUGUGUUCUCCGAGAAAAGUAAAUGUUAUCUGAACACCAGCUGCAGCCAGUGACUACUCCAAGGGACAGUUGGUGGGAGAAUCAAGGAUCCUUUCCAGAAUGUUUAUUUCUCACUGUGUGCACAGGGUGAUUACAGGCACCAGUGCUGUGAUGAUUGUACUUAUUUGAUGCACACUCUCCUUUGCACUGGUAAUGUUGCUCAGAAGCAUGGGGAACAGGUACUCAAAGGAAGAGAAUGCACAUUUGGAUGUGAGAAACCAGAUCAUGACUCUGUGUGGUCUGAGGAGCACUUUCUUACUGUUUCUAACUUGCCAUGUGCUUGGGAGGAUGUGUGUGUGUGUGUUUGUAUGUAUGCAUGUUGUGCCUCAUGUAUUACAGAGACUUAAGGUGAGUAUGGCCAGCUCGAUGUGGGCAGUGUCCAUCCCAGGGGACUGGAAGGAAUCAGUUUAUAUAAGCUUGGUAAAAUCAAAGUCCUUUUCCUCUCAGAAGCAAAAAUAUCUUUUCUAAGUACAGAGGUAGCUCAAGGCACCACAUUUCCUUUCUGUAGGAAACCAAGAGAUCACUGUUAAAAUUUGAGAGGCCAAGAAGGAAGAUUCAUGCUGUUCUCACUUAGGGAGACAUAGUUGGUGCAGAGAUUUGAAUAAGUGGCUGGAGCUGAGUGGAAUGUGGGUGAACCCAGAAGAUCACUGAAGUGUAAAUUGGAAGGCUGGAAAGGACAUACUAUUUGAUUCCACGGUCUUUCUAAUGUAAAAUGUUGUUCCAUCUUGGCAUUGGAGACUGAGAGAUUAACAGUGGAAAAAGUUAGAGUAAGAGAUGCUGUAAAUGUGCAGAGUUCAAUAUACCUGUGGUAAAGUAGAAAUAUCUGUGAUUUUACAAUCGUCUUAGUCCCUGCCAGGGCUUGUAUAGCCUUGGCAAUAUUUGUCUUUAACUGGGUGAAAAGACCAUCUUCCUGGUGAUCAAGUGCUCCACGUUACUACGCCUCCACACUAUUUAUUUGGGGAUGGGUGGAGUGGCUACAGCCUAGUAGUUCAGGUACCUGAUUACUGCCCUGUUGUUUUAAGGGCACACUUCUAUUAAGGAGUGCUUAAUACUGCUGUGUGUGGUACAUUCAGUUCUUUUCCUGCUAUAUCUUCUGUACCUGUCUUUACAGUGUAUUUUACUCAUCCUGGAACAAAAUAAUCAAGGAAAAUUGAAAAUCUUUUGUUUCUGUACCUCUGCCAAUAUUCCUGAGCUGCCAUUCUAGGCGCCUCUGUGUCAUAUGGUGAAACUCUUGAAUUACUGGUAUAGCAAAUAGGAGAAUGUGGUAGCCUAAACUGGGCUGCACUUUCCUUUUGCUCUGGAAUCCCACUUUUCCUCUUUCCUUGAAUUGUGUUUGCUGACAGAGUUAAUUUCCUUUGUAUUUUUUUAAGAAAACAUUAAAAAUGGACUGUCUCAAA